GGCUACUGGAGCGGGGGGAGUGGGUGGAAGCUUGGUGUCGUGUCCGCCGGUGGCCGGGGAACUUUGUCUGAAGCUGGUAUGGCGAGGGGCGCGAGGCCGGUGCGGUGGCCGCGGGUGCUGGCGCCGGCGCACCUGGCCGGGGCCAUCAGGCGGCAGAAGAGCCCGCUCGAGGCGGCGCAGCUGUACGCCGACGCGCCCGGCUGGUACCCGCGCGGCUCCUACCGCCACAGCGACGCCGUCCACGCCUCGCUCCUCGCCGCCGCCUCGUCCUCCCCCGCGCUGCUCCCCUCGCUCCUCCGCCGCGUCCUGCGCCGCUCCCCCUCCGCCGACGCCCUCCUCGCCGCGUCCAUUCCGCACCUCACUCCCGCGGACGCCGCCUCCAUAUUCCGCUCCUCGCUCCCCGCCUCCCCCGCCCCGUCCUGGUCCCUCUCCUUCUCCGCGCUCCUCCGCGGUCUCGUCUCCCGCGGCCUCCUCCCCGAGGCCGCCGGGCUCCUCGACGAAUUCCAGGGGCGCCCUGAGGUGUCCAUAGAGUCCGAAGACCUCACUCUGCUGAUCGAGGAGAUGUGCCGCCUGCGGCGCCCUGACCUCGCGCUCCAGGUGCUCGAGGAAAUGUCUAAUCAGUGUCUUGAGCCGAACAGAGGCGCCUACCGCGCGAUCGUUCCUGCGCUCUGCGAUGCUGGCAUGCUCGACGAGGCUACGCACGUCGUCUACUCCAUGCUGUGGCGCGUGUCGCAGCGGGGCUGCGACGGGGAUGUUGUGGUGUUCCGGGCGUUGCUGGUUGCGCUCUGUGCUGCUGGCCGGGGCGAGCUGGCAGAGCAAGUGCUGGAUAAGAUUAUCAGGAAGGGGCUGAGGACGCCAGGUAGUAGGCGCUCUCUUCGCGUGCCAAUGCUUGCUGUGCUUACCAUCGAGGAGGCGCGGGAAGCCAUUGACCGUGCUUUGGUUGUCCGAGGUGGGCGGACUGUUGCGAGCUUUGAGUCCAUUAUUCUUGAUCUCUAUGACGAGGGACGGUUGAAUGAGGCGGACAAUUUGUUUCAGGACAUGGGCAAAAAGGGGUUCAAGCCGACAAUAUGCAUGUUUGAAGCCAAAAUCGUUGCCUUAUGCAGGGAACAGAGGGUAGAUGAUGCAACCAAGGUGUUGGAGGAGGAGUUGGCCAAGAAUGGUCUCGUUCCCACUGUGACAACAUAUAACUUGUUAAUGAAGGGUCUUUGCGAUGCUGUGCAAGCAAUGAAGGCCCUCGGAUACCUUAAAAAGAUGGAUAAGCAGCUUGGCUGUGUUGCUCGAAAGGAGACAUUCUCUAUCUUGAUCAGUGGCUUGUCCUUAGAAGGAAAGUUUAUCGAGGCGACAAAGGUUAUGGAGAGGAUGGUGAAGAACCACCAUCGUCCUGACAGAAACGAUUUCAACAACGUUAUUGAAGGUUUAUGUUCUGUUGGCAGAACAUACGAUGCAUUGGUAUGGCUAGAGGAGAUGGUUGACCAUGGAGAAACACCUGAUGUCCGUGUUUGGUCUUGUUUGGUUUCAUCAUCUUUAGGAGUAGGAGGAAGCGUUAUGAUUGCAGCUAUGUGAGAAUUAGGAUUUAAGACAACAGUACUCUUGCAGCACACCAAAGACAACGCAACAGAGUUGCCUGUGAUGGUAAUAACGCUGAAGAGAAAAAGACAGUGUGCCUGUAGAGAUUAACCUGAAUUCUUGCCAGUUUGUAUCAGUAUGAAGAGGAGGGGAAAUGGGGAAUUGAGCUAGCUACAUUGUGUCCGCAAACAUGAGGAGGUUCAUUGAGUGCUGCUUGCUUCUAUUUCGGCCUGAGACAUGUUUGAUGAACAGGUGGAACUGUCAUCACAAUGAAAACCAUGCUGCUGUUGUGGACGUGGUGGUGACAGGUUGGAAUCUGAGUAACGCUGAAGGAAAGAGAAGACCGGCAGGAGAGGUGACUUUCUUUAUACACCCCCACAAGUCCGAGUAUGGAUCCGCGAAGGAGCAGCCAAAAAGCUCACAUGUAUCAAUUCUUAUUUCUGAUGGCAUGGCUGCCAUUGCCAAACUUGUUCUUGAGAGUGAACACGGACUAUUGGCAGCCGCGCAAUAGUCAUGGUGUUGGGAUGUUUAUAAGGACCUUGAAGUAUGCUGAAUGUUUGGUUCUUUCAUAUGCCGAUUGAGUUGUAAUAUUAGUAUUAAUAUUACACACUGUCGGGCUAAGCAUAACGUCAUUGUAGGGCAGGAUGCUGUCAUGCGGAGAGACCAAAUCCCAGACUUUGUUUUGUGUAGGGCUAUUUAGUUUUUGAGCAAGCUUAAUAAAGGAGCAAUUCCUAUCA